AUGGCGAAACCCCGAGUGAAGAAGCGCACUCACCCUGGCGCUGCAGGUCGACAAGCUCUACCCGGCAAUGUCCCCUCCAAACCUGGCGAGCGCAAGCCCAAGAGCAUGGUCAUUCGCAUAGGCGCCAGUGAAGUCGGACCCAGCGUCACGCAACUCGUGCGCGAUGUACGAACCAUGCUCGAGCCCGAGACAGCCACACGACUACGAGAAAGACGGUCAAACAAACUGCGUGACUACACUACUAUGGCUGGACCAUUGGGAGUCUCACAUUUGUUGCUGUUCAGUAAGAGUGCGAAUGGGAAUACGAAUAUGCGGCUCGCCUUGACGCCUCGAGGACCAACGUUGCACUUCAGGGUGGAAAAGUAUAGUCUGUGUAAGGAUGUGCAUAAGAGUAUGAGGAGGCCGAAGAGCGGGGCGAAUGAGAAUCAUGUGACGCCGCCUUUGCUCGUGAUGAACAAUUUCUCGACGAAAGUGGAGGGUGGGCAGGCACCGAGGAUACCGAAGCAUCUGGAGAGUCUUACUACGACGGUGUUUCAGAGCUUGUUUCCGCCUAUCAAUCCUACCACCACACCUCUAAAAGGAAUCAAGCGGGUCUUACUGCUGGACAGGAAACCGGCCGAUCCAGAGGAUGAUGCUGCAACAUAUAUCCUGGAUCUACGACACUAUGCCAUCGAGACCCGAACAGCACGAUCCGUACCCAAGGCUCUCCGAAGAUUAGACGCCGCCGAAAAGCUCAUGCACGCUGGCAACCAGAAGCGGAAACGAGGCGCCCUGCCAAACCUAGGCAAGCUGCACGAUGUAGCCGACUACCUCCUCGACCCUCACGCCGCAGACGGCUUCACAUCCGGCUCCGAAAGCGAGCCAGACACUGAUGCCGAAGUCGAGGUCCUCGCUCCUUCAGCCCAAAAAGUUCAGCGAAGAAAUGGUAAAAAGGGUGAUGAAAGUCGUGAUCGACGAGAUCCAGCCGCUGCGAAUGUGGAAAGGAAAGGUAUCAAACUCCACGAGCUCGGUCCAAGACUACGACUCCGCAUGACGAAAGUCGAGGAGGGCAUCUGUGGUGGCAAGGUCAUGUGGCAUGAGUACAUCCAUAAGUCGAAGGAGGAGUUGAAGGCGAUGGAGAGGAGGCAUGAGGUUAGGAGGCAGGAGAAGGCGAGGAGGAAGGAGGAGCAGAGGGUUAAUGUUGAGAGGAAGAGGGCGGAGAGGAGGAGUAGGGGUGGGGGUAAGGAGGGGGAGGAUGACGACGAGGAGGAUGAGGAGGCGUUUUUGAGUGAUGCUGAUGAUGAUGAGUGGGAUGAUGUUGAUGGGAUGGAGGACGUGGUGGAUGGUGGGAAGGAGGAUGAUGAUGAGAUGGAGGAGUGA